AUGUUUUGGAUACUUGUCGUAAUACCAGUUGUGUCGGCAGGAAUAUCUUGCCUAAGCAACCCUUGUUUUCAUGGAAUUUGCAUUGAUGACCUUAAUAGCACGUAUAUGUGCUACUGCAUUGACGGUUACACUGGCGUACAAUGUCAGACGAACUGGGACGAGUGCUGGUCGGAUCCAUGUCAGAACGGGGGCACUUGUAUAGAUGGUAUCGCUUCUUACAACUGCUCUUGCCCCGAGGGAUUUAUUGGCGAAAAUUGCGAGACGAACUUCAACGAAUGCGAGUCUAACCCUUGCCUUAACAAUGGCACUUGUAUCGACAUGACGAAUGAGUACGUGUGUCACUGUUUGCCCGGCUUCUCUGGGCCCCACUGCGAGGUGGACGUGGCCGUGUGCAACGUCACGGACGAAGUGCGCUGCCACAACGGCGGCCAGUGCAUCGAAGGGCCCGGAUUCAAGUUCUACUGCAGAUGUCUACCAGGAUUUACGGGUAAAAGUUGCGAAGUUCAAAUAGAAUUCUGCGAUGAAAACUCUUGUAGCAACGACGCUUUAUGCGUCAUCGAAGACGGCGUGAGGGUCUGUUAUUGUGUGCCUGACUACCAUGGAGAACGUUGCGAGUUACAGUACGACGAAUGUUUACUUGGUCCAAGGUGUAUGAAUGGCGGGUCCUGUAUUGAUGGAGUGGAUAACUUCACCUGUUCAUGUCCACCAAAUCUUACCGGACCUUUAUGCGAAUGUCUUAUCCUAGAUGAAGACAACUACAACUGUGAAUACGUCAGUCCUACGGCCAUCUAUGAAACCACAUCGACAUCGUUUCUUACGACGAAAACGGAAAAACAAACUACAACUAUAGUUGCCACUACAAUGUCUACUAGUUUGAAUGCUACUAUUCCUAAAGAAGUUACAUUAACGUCUGAAUUUGAUUCUAUGACCUCUCCCACAGCUGAUUUCGUAUCUACAACCGAAAUGUCAUCGAAUAUGUCAAUUUCAACCGGAGAGAACACAACUAAACCACUAAUCACAUACACAACAGAAAAACCUGAAGAUGCAACCGCGACACCUUCAUCUAAAUCUGAAGAGACAUUCGAAACCACUACAACUGAUAUCAUACCAAUAGAACCGCAAACCCAAAACACAAUUAAUUCUCAGGACUCUAAGAAGGAGAGUACGACUGCUUGCAAAGAAACUUGUAUUGAAGUAACGGAACUCACAACUCCAAUUACAUCCAUGGGCGAUUUGGAAACGACGUUGUGGGGCAAUCAAAUGAGUUCAACGGAGUUUUUAUCUUACCCCACAAAAGUAACUAUGAGUUCAAACAAAACCGAAUUGGAGAGGACAACUUCAUCAUAUACAGAAACCACGACGCGAAUUGCAGAAGAGACAACAUUAACAAAUAAAAUAGACACUACUGAGAAAAUGUUUACAGACGUCCCCACUGAGCUUUCUCCUACCGAUACUACCACAAGCCACAUAACUACAGAAGCGCUUGAAACUACUACAGCUAUUGAUAAAACAACGCACACAUACACUACGAUUCAGUCUGAAUGUACAGAAUCUCUUUGUAAUAAUCACGGAAGCUGCGCGAACACAAUACACGGUAUAAGAUGCCACUGCUCGUUCAAUUAUGGAGGAAGAUUUUGUGAGGAAAAACUGAACGUGUCAACAGCUGCCUUCGGCGGGAACUCCUACAUUAUUCAUCAUUUGCACAACACUACCUCUAUUAGUAUUGGGUUCAGCGCGAAAACAUUAAUAAAAGACGGUCACAUCAUGCACGUAGAUAUAGCCGGAGGAGCAUACAUAGAGCUCCUUUUAAAUUCGGGCCUGUUAAAGUUCAAAUUCUCAUGCGGGUACCAAACGAUGCUUUUGAGUGAGUUGAAAACGUACGUCAAUAAAGGAUUCCCGAUGAAAAUUGAGACGAGAUUAGACUUAUAUUUAGAGAAACAACACUGCAAUGCCACACUUCACUUGAACGACACCGUUGCGAUGAGUGGGGGCCAAAUUGCCAACAUAAGUUCCAUCGAUCGCAAUAUAAUGGUUUAUUUUGGAAACGCGCCUGAUAGUAAAUAUAACAACAACCAGCCAUUUAUUGGAUGCAUAAAUGAUCUAAUGGUUAAUAAUGAGAAACGAGAGAUUUUCGGUGACGCGUUCAACGCUGGCGAAGUUUCGGAAUGUUCCUCAUUGUCUUGCUUGUCUGGGCCAUGUCUCAAUGGCGGCACAUGCAGCGACUACGGUGAUGGAUACGCAUGCUCUUGUGCUAACGGAUGGAUGGGCGAUCAUUGUAACCAGUCGAUAUGCGAGAAUAAUCCUUGUGAAGCGGGGGGCAGCUGUGUUCGUUAUCCGGGAAGCGGUUUCCUGUGCCUUUGCCCUUAUGGCAAACACGGUAUCUUUUGCGAAUACAACGUCGAGAUAACACGUCCGUCGCUCGCGCCAAUCGCGAGCGGAGUGUCGUCCUACCUCGUCUACCCGCUGUCCCCCCCCGCGACGAGCUCCGAGCGCUUCGAGCUGCGGCUCUGCUUCCACACGGCCGACAUGGAGCAGAUCGCGCUGCUCGCUUUCGUCGGACAAAAUGGCCGCCACGACGCGCGCAGCCAACACCUGGCGCUCACCUUCGUGAAGGGCUACCUCAUGCUCACGUGGAACAUGGGCAGCGGGCCACGACGCGUGUUCACGUCGCGCGCGCUGAGUGGGCGGCGCGGCGGGCAUUCGGUGCGCGUGUGGCGGCGCGGGCGCACCGCCGGCCUCAGCGUCGACGGCCGCCACAACGUCUCAGGCAACGCGCCCGCGUCCCACCACGACAGGAUGGCGCUGCUGCCCUACGUCUACAUAGGCGGGCACCCAUCUGAAAGCUUCUCGGAGCUGCCGCACGACCUGCCGCUGCACGGUGGCUGGAGGGGCUGCAUUUGGGACGUGAGCGGUCAGGCCUUGGGCGGGAAGGUGGUGGGCGGCCGCGGAGUGGGGCAGUGUGGCGUCGCCCAAUGCACGGCCCGCUCUUGCAAUGCGCCUAGAGGCGUCUGCAUACACUCACCAGCCACAUAUGGCUGCAUAUGCAGCGAGGGCUGGUUCGGCGCGACGUGCUCGAGCCAGCGGCAGCCGUGCGGGCGCGGGAGCUGCCGCGGCGGCUGCGUCGUAGGGAGCGGCGCGCGCGCGCACUGUGACUGCCCCUACGGGAAGGCCGGCGACGACUGCGAACGCGAUGUCAUUCCUAUCGACGUGCUCUUCACCGGCGUCAGAUCCUACCUCCAGCUCGUCACCCGUCCCAUAUCCAGCGUGAGCUUGUCCCUCGAGGCCGAGAUCAAGCCUGCGAAAGAGCGCGGCCUCGUGAUGUUUGUUCAGACGCCUCAUUUCUACACAACCUUGUCCCUUCAAGGGGGAUUACUAGAAUAUCGAUGGACAGACCGGCUUUCGGGGCUGACGUCGCUGGUGCGCAGCGGCGCGGUGCUCUCGCUGUCGCAGUGGCACCGCGUGAAGGUGGGCCGCUACGGCGCCAGGCUGUACGUGUGGCUCGACGGCGCCCUCGCAGCGGAGCCGAUGGUGGCGCACGCGUACCCGCACACCGCCAGCGACGCGGACAUCCUCCUCGGUGGCGCCCAAGAUUUGGCCACGAUACCUUUCGACGCUAUGACGGGGCCUCCAGAGUCCUACACGGGCUGUAUCAGGAAUUUGCACGUGAACAAUGUUCCUGUGCCUUUGGAGCCGCAAAAUAUAAGAGACGGGCGCAACGUGGACGCGUGCGGGGCUGAGUGCGCGGGUGGCAGGUGCCGCCGCAACGCGUGCCACCCGGCGACCUGCUCGCCGCCGCUGGGCCGCUGCCACCGCGGCCGCUGCCUGUGCGCCGCCGGACGCGCCGGCGAACACUGCCAGCUGCAAAUCAAUGUAACCGUACCGCAAUUCGACGGCGACUCUCUACUAUCGCUGGGUAGACGCAGCUUGAGGGAUCACGCUGGCGGACAGAGGCUUUCAUCGACGCCCAAUUACGUGGCGCUAAACUUCACCACGUCAGAGACGAACGGCCUGCUUCUCUGGAUUGAAAUGGGCAUUGACAGUAUAGGAAUCGGCAUUGAAAAUGGAUAUCUUAAAUUAAUCUGGUCCCUUCAUUGUGAUAUGACGCAUGAAGGUGUAGAGAUUAAAGGGAACUCCAUCCCGAUCAGACCCCGUAGACUGGCAAGGAUAUUUCCGAACGCGGGAUUUCUAGCUGACGGCAAUUGGCACAAAUUGGGAUUGGACCUCGGCAAGAAAAACACAACUUUGACCAUAGACAAACAUUUGGCUUUCGUAGAAGAAUCGUGUAUCAGGGAAGGACUUGUCAAUGAUGACGUCGACAUGUAUGUGGGCGGGGUAAACGAAGAAGAUAAUCCUGCAGUUAAGAAGAUAUUCCCCCAAAAUUUCAAAGGAUGCAUAGAUCACAUUGCAACCGGAGAAGACGCCUAUAUAAAUAAUUAUUCGGAAGUGUAUAGUGAAAACAUAAAGUCGUGCCAAGUUUUUCCAACUACU